AUGGAAAAUCAAAAAUCAACAGCUGCUACUGUAUUUACUAAUGGAAAACACGUUGAUCCAUCACCUGAUUUAUCUAAAAGUGCGAUUGCAAAUCGAUUUAUUAACAUGCAAAGAAUGCAAAAUGUCCUUUUGGUUUGGUUAGAUAACAUCAUUGAUGAGGAUAAUGUGGAUUGUAAUAUCAUGAUCAAGCAAUUAAAACGUGUUAUUAAUAAUCUAAACAUAUUUACAGAUAGUGACAAAUGCGCUGAAUUUAUUCAAACUAUUACCAAUAAUAGGAUAUGUAUGAUUAUUUCCGGAUCACUUGGGAAACAAAUUGUGCCUCGUGUGCAUGAUAUGUCUCAAGUAGAUAUCAUUUUUAUUUUUUGUAAUAAUCAGAAAUGGCAUGAACAUUGGGCCAAAGACUGGCCUAAAGUUAAAGGUGUCUUCACAGAUAUAACACCAGUCUGUGAAGCUCUUACACAAGCUGCUCAUCAAUCUGAGCGAAAUACCACUUCGAUUAGUUUUGUGGCACCAAACAAGAAAUUGGAUCAAUUAGAUCCAUCAUUCAUGUAUACUCAGAUCUUGAAAGAGAUCUUAUUAACUAUUAAUUUCGAGAGCAAACACAUCAAAGAAUAUAUUAAUUACUGUCGUGAUGCGUUUGCUGGAAAUGGAUAUGAAUUACAUAAUAUGAAAAGAAUGGAACGUCAUUAUCAAGAUCGAAAACCUGUAUGGUGGUAUACGUAUGAAUGUUUUCUAUAUCCUAUGCUCAAUCGUGCAUUAAAAGUGAUUGAUGUUGAUAUUAUUAUUCGAAUGGGUUUCUUUAUCAGUGAUCUACAUCGUGAUAUUCAAAGGCUGCAUUCGGAACAAUACAACAAUCAAGCAUCAAGUAAAAUAUUUACAGUUUAUCGUGGACAAGGUCUGUCAAAAGAAGAUUUCAUCGAAAUGACACAGACAAAAGGUGGACUUCUUUCGUUUAAUAAUUUUUUAUCGACUAGUAAGAUUCGUAAUGUUUCCCUUAAUUUUGCACAAAAAGCAUCAACGAAUCCGGAUCUUAUCGGAGUUUUAUUUGUUAUGCAAAUUAAUACAAGCCAUCAAACCACUCCAUACGCUUCAGUUUCUAAUGUUAGUUGUUUUCAUACCAAAGGUGAAGUUCUUUUCUCUAUGCAUACAAUUUUUCGAAUUGGAGAUAUUAAACCAAUCGAUGGAAAUAAACAACUUUAUCAAGUAAAUUUAAUACUGGUCAAUAAUAAUGAUGAAGACAUUCGUAAUCUGACAAAUCGUAUUCGGCAGGAGACUUUUCCCAAUUCGAAAGGAUGGUCUAGAUUAGGAUUGUUGUUAAUUAAAAUGGGUCACUUUAAACAAGCUCAUGGAGUUUGUGAAGGUUUACUUAAUGAAACUACGAACGAGAGUGAAAAGGCAAAUGUUUAUCUUCAACUAGGUUUAAUUAAAUAUAAUGAAGCAGAGUAUAAAGAAGCACUUUCUUAUUAUGAAAAAUCGCUUGCUAUUUAUCAAAAAACAUUACCUCCUAAUCAUAUUAAUUUAGCUACAUCUUACACAGGCAUUGGUAGUGCAUAUGAAAGUAUGGGCGAUUAUCCAAAAGCUCUUGCAGCGCAUGAAAAAGCUCUUUCAAUUCGACAACAUUCACUUCCUUCCAAUCAUCUUGAUUUGGCUGCUUCUUGUAAGAACAUUGGUAAUGUAUAUCACAGCAUGGGUGAUUAUCCAAAAUCACUUGCUUCUUAUGAAAAAUCACUUGGUAUUUAUCAGAAAACAUUGCCACCUCAUCAUAUUAAUUUGGUUACAUCCUACAUGGGAAUCGGUAAUGCACAUUACAGCAUGAAUGAUUAUACAAAAGCUCUUGCAGCGCAUGAAAAAGCUCUUGAAAUUCAACAACGAGCACUGCCUCCCAAUCAUCCUGAUUUGGAUACUUCCUAUAAUAAAAUUGGUAUGGUGUACUACAGUAUGGCUGAUUAUCCAAAAGCACUUUCUUAUUUUGAGAAAGAACUUGCAAUUAAACAACAAGCACUACCACCCAAUCAUCCUGAUUUAGCUUCAUCCUACAUGGGCAUUGGUAAUGUGCAUUAUAAUUUGGAUGAUUAUCCAAAAGCGCUUUCUUAUUAUGAAAAAGACCUUGAAAUUAAAUUACAAUCAUUGCCUCUCAAUCAUAUUGACUUGGCUUCUUCCUUUAAGAACAUUGGUAAUGUGUAUUACAGCAUGGGUGAUUAUCAAAAAGCGUUGUAUUAUUAUGAGAAAGAUCUUGAAAUUAAACAACAAGCACUGUCUCCUAAUCAUCCUGACUUAGCUUUGUCUUACAUGGGUAUUGGUAAUGUGUAUUCCAAGAUGGGUGAUUAUCCAAAAGCACUGACUUAUUAUGAGAAACCUCUUGCAAACCAACAACAAUCACUUCCUUUCAAUCAUCCUGAUUUAGCUUCUUUUUACAUGGGCAUUGGUAAUGCAUAUUACAGUAUGGAAGAUUAUCCAAAAGCACUUGCAUCACAUGAAAAAGCUCUUGCAAUUCAACAACGAUUACUUUCUGCCAAUCAUCCUGAUAUAGGUGCUUCUUUUAACAAUAUCGGUAUGGUGUAUCACAACAUGGGUGAUUAUCCAAAAGCACUUACUCAUUAUAAAAAAGCUCUUGCAAUUCAACAAAAAUCACUUCCUGCACAUCAUGCCGAUUUGGCUGCGUCCUUUAACAACAUUGGUAAUGUGUAUGAGAAUAUGGGCAGCUAUUCAAAAGCACUUCCACAUUAUAAACGUGCUGUGCACAUUGGUCGACAAGCUUUAGCAAAAGAUCAUCCUCAUUUGGAAUUAUUUAUAAAAAACCUAAAAGAAAUAAAAGCGAAACUAUAA